UAAAAUACACAGACAACCAAGUGAUUAAAAACUGUCCUUCUUAUUAUGAGAACACAAGGAUUGCUGCAUGAUAAAAGCACAACAUGUGUCUGUCUACAACAUAACUAGAAACAUUACCAGAGACUUUCACUUCCUAUGUUUUGUGAUUCCAGCGAUUUAACGCACAAGCAGAAUGAGAAGAUUGUGGAUUCAGCACAAAGUGAUAAAGGUCAUACUUUUCAUUUUAACUCUGAUAUUCCUAAUUUUUUCUUUCAUAACCUUGUUUUCAAGAGUAAAAGAACAGCCCCCCCGACCUUAACAUCUUUGGGCCAACUGGAGUGUUUGAAAGCCCACGGCUGAUAGUUGAAAAUGGCAUUAAUUGCUCAGCAAUAUAUGACAUGGAACCUGUGGAACUGGGCAAAACUUUAGCCAUCCGUAAAAAAAAGAGCUAUGUGGGGCCAAAUGACCAGCAUAUUGCCAAGGCCACCUCCGAUUGUGAUUGGUUUGUGAAAUCAAAGGGCUAUGAUGUAAUACAGGGCUCUGAGAUGGAGCGUGAAUUUCCCCUUGCUUACUCUUUGGUUGUUCAUAAGGAUGCGGCUGUUGUGGAGAGGUUGUUAAGGGCCAUUUAUAUGCCUCAUAAUGUAUAUUGCAUACAUUACGACCUGAAGUCUUCAGAUGACUUUAUUAUGGCUAUAAAAGGGCUGGCCCGCUGCUUCCCUCACGUCUUCAUUGCCUCGAAACUGGAGAGGGUGCAGUAUGCAGGCAUCUCACGACUCAAAGCAGAUCUUAAUUGCCUGUCUGAUCUUCUGGAGUCUGAGGUCAAGUGGAAAUAUGUCAUCAACCUGUGUGGUCAGGACUUUCCACUGCGAACAAAUGCUGAACUGGUGUCAGAUCUAAAGUUGCUUAAAGGCAUGAACAUGGUGGAGAGCAGACAGCCUGGAGGAAAGAAGAGACGUUGGAGUUUCCACCAUGCCCUGAAAAAUAACAAAUCUGAAUUCUACGAGUCACCUAUCAGCACUUCCGAGGCAAAGCCUCGACCACCUCACAAUAUAGAAAUGUUUGUGGGCAGUGCAUACUUUACUCUUUCAAGGGAAUUUGUGCUUUUUGUUCGGUGGAGUUCUCUAGUCAGGGAUUUCUUGACUUGGUCUGAGGAUACAUACUCACCUGAUGAACACUUUUGGGCAACUCUGGUUCGUGUGCCUGGAGUACCAGGGGAGGUGCCAAGAUCUGACCCUGACAUUACAGAACUGACAUCAAAAACCCACCUGCUGAAAUGGUCGUAUCUUGAAGAGACUCUUUACCCACCAUGCACUGGAGUCCAUGUACGGUCUGUGUGUAUUUAUGGUGUUGCUGAGCUCAGAUGGCUCCUAAAUUAUGGCCACUGGUUUGCUAAUAAAGUGGACCCAAAUGUAGAUCCUAUUCUUAUUGAAUGUUUAGAGGAGAAGCUUUUAGAAAAACGGCUGAUGUCAAAAUAA